GUAUCCCAUUGAAUUUAAUAACGAGAUGAGAACAGGCGAUUGCUAGUCUUCCGCAGGUGAGCAGCGGACAGUAGAUGCUCUGUUUAUCCACCGGCAUCCUGAAAUACCACCACAUUUAAAAACACUGCCUCCGGCCACACAUUUGCAGCCAAGAAGGGGGUAAAAGGAUCAUUGCGGCUGAGCUUUUCUUCUUCUUUUUUGUGUGUGGAGACGAGGGAUACUAGAGCAACGUCCUGCAGGAUAAGGGCGCGCCUAAACUACCAGAUUCAUGUGUUGUGAUUGAUUACCCCCGUGCGAACGAAAAUCUUGCAUAGAUUUAGGAGAUAUGUUGCGGCGAGUUGUGCGACAGAGCAAGUUCCGUCAUGUGUUCGGUCAAGCCGUGAGGAACGACCAGUGCUACGAUGACAUCCGGGUGUCCAGGGUCACAUGGGACAGCUCCUUCUGUGCCGUCAACCCCAAGUUUGUUGCCAUCAUCAUAGAUGCCAGCGGGGGAGGAGCCUUUCUCGUCCUUCCUCUAACAAAGACCGGCCGUAUAGACAAGGUCUACCCGACAGUAUGUGGUCACACGGGCCCGGUGUUGGACAUCGACUGGUGUCCUCAUAAUGACCACGUCAUUGCUAGCGGCUCAGAGGACUGUACGGUCAUGGUGUGGCAGAUACCUGAGAAUGGACUGGAAACUCCCCUUUCAGAGCCCGUGGUCGUGUUAGAGGGCCACUCUAAAAGGGUCGGCAUUGUGUCUUGGCAUCCCACUGCUCGCAAUGUUCUCCUCAGUGCAGGGUGCGACAACCAGAUCGUCAUCUGGAAUGUGGGCACGGGAGAGGCCAUGAUCAAUCUGGAGGACAUGCACCCUGAUGUUAUCUUUAGUGUCAGCUGGAGUCGCAAUGGCAGCCUGCUCUGCACCGCCUGCAAGGAUAAGAAGGUCCGCGUCAUCGACCCCCGUAAAAAAAAGAUUGUGACGGAGAAGGACAAAGCUCACGAGGGAGCUCGACCAAUGAGAGCGAUCUUUUUAGCAGAUGGAAACAUUUUCACCACCGGAUUCAGCCGCAUGAGUGAGCGUCAGCUAGGACUAUGGAAAGCUGAUAACAUGGACGAGCCGAUAUGUGUUCAAGAGAUGGACACCAGUAAUGGAGUUCUGCUGCCCUUCUACGACCCCGACACCAAUAUAGUCUACCUGUGUGGGAAGGGUGACAGCAGCAUUCGGUACUUUGAGAUCACUGACGAGGCACCGUUUGUUCACUACCUCAACACCUUUUCCACCAAGGAGCCCCAGAGGGGAAUGGGAUACAUGCCCAAAAGAGGUCUGGAUGUCAACAAAUGUGAAAUCGCAAGGUUUUACAAAUUACAUGAGAGAAAAUGUGAACCAAUCAUUAUGACAGUCCCACGUAAGUCGGAUCUGUUCCAGGACGACCUCUACCCCGACACAGCCGGCCCCGAUCCCGCCCUGGAGGCGGAGGAGUGGUUCGCCGGCAAGAACGGAGGCCCCAUCCUGAUCUCGCUCAAAGACGGCUACGUCUCCACGAAGAACCGCGACCUGAAGGUGGUGAAGACGAACGUCCUGGAGAGCAAGCCGGCCACAAAAGCAGAAAACAUCUCGGUUGUUCAGAAGCACGCUUCUCCACAGCAAUCAGUAAAAAUCGAAGACAAACUGGAAGAGGUACUCCGAGAGUUCAAGUCACUCAGGGACCGUGUCAUCCUUCAAGACCGUCGAAUCGCCAGACUGGAAGAGCAGGUCGCCAAGGUUGCCAUGUAAGACACGGUCCCCCCUUCCCAGGACCAUCCGUUGUUUGGGAGAGAAUCAACUGGACGGGGUUCAGCCACGGCCAAAUUCUCAAGAUUCGGCUUCACUAAGCUCGGCGUCGUCUCCGCGACGAGUCCGAGCCUACAUUCCAAGAUGAACUUUAUUUUUCCUCAUCAGGCCUCCUGUUUCACACUUCGCCCUGAGACACACACACACACACACACACACACACACACAGAAAAAGGAAAAACUCUCGCAGCUCAUGUACACAGUUGAAGAAAAGACAUUUUUGUUGAAGGAAAAGUCUUAACUUUUAAAUUGUUUUCAAAUCGUGGUAAAAACAUUCUUAUGUGAAGUUUGUACUUACUACUCAAAAACUGUAUGUAGCAUCAGUAUUUCCAUUGUUUCUCUUUUUUUGUGUUGCCAAACAUGCAUUGUGUGCGGUUCCAUGCACUGCUUUUACAUUUUUUUUUCUUUUUUUUUUUUUUUUGUCCUGUUGUACAUUCCAGUCACAACCUGGUAGAACAAUAUAGUCGAGCUGGAUUAUUUUUUUUUUAAACGAUAGCUGUUGAACUUUUAUCCCCUCUGACCAGUUUGCUCAUUGAUAUCCAUCAGAUUUCUGAAUGUGGAAGAAUUCCUUCUAAAACAUUUUGUUCCUGUUCUUCUGGGCUUCAAAUUUAACAUUGGGUUUUAAAAGGGGGAGGGGAGGGAGGGGGUUGCAUCUCUCUGGUGUAAAUGUUGUGCAAAUGUAGUGGUGCCUCUCGUCACUGUUAAGGGUCAAAUUGCCCUCUCCAGUGCAUAUUGGUGUUGGGAAGGGACCACUCCCCCAGCUUGUGUUUCACUGAACCCCUGACAAACAGUUCUGUGCACAUAAUAAAGAUUUUACACAUGAAACCUC